AACCAAUCCGAUGACGUUGACAUGUUUUGAUAUGACGAUUCAUGUCAUUUUCUCAUUCUCUUCUUCUGGCUGUCUGCUCCAACAGUGCAAUAUUUUGUGUGAAAGAUUUUUCUUGAAAUUCAACGGAAUUUGGAUACAUUAGUCCAUAAAACCCAUCGAAAAUGAUUUCUGAUGUCCAGUUGGCUGUAUUCUGCAACGUUCUGGGAGUGUUCCUGUUCUUAUUGGUGGUCGGAUUCCAUUAUAUAAACGCCAACAUGGGAAGAAAUGCCGGCAUGUCGAAGCAUAAAUGAAGGUACGUCGGGUUCUUUAGGCAUUAAAACAUCCCAUUUCCUUAUAAAAAUAAACUCUAUUUUAUUUGGGAACUUAGCGUGUAAGUGUAUGGAUAAUCUCUUGAAUAAAAAAUGAUUCAGGUCAAAUAGCACA